AGCACUUCAAUAGAGAGGGGGGAAAGAGAGAAAAGAAAAGUAGCUACAAGCAUACAAGUACCUUUAAGAUGGCAAAACUAACCAAUGCUAUGUGGUGCAUGUUUGUUGUCUUGUUUGUUGUUUUUUCUCCAUUAACCCUAGAAGCAACAUCACCAUCCUAUGUACUUGAGCCAACACCCGCAGAAGUAGCAACAUCACCACCAUAUGUACUUGAGCCAACACCCGCACAAGAAGCAACAUUACCACCAUAUGUACUUGAGCCAACACCUAUAGAAGAAGCAACAUCACCAAUAAUCUCACUAGAUUUGUCUACUGCGAGUCGUAGCACUCGUGUCUCUAUCGCAAGUUGCGGCUUUGGAUUGUGCAAGAAAUUCAAGUGUUGCAGAUGCCAGCCAGAGUUUCCGUUCCUAUGCAUCUCUUGUUGCACAAAUUGAGAGUGAAAAUAAUAUUUAAUUUACCAUGUUAUUGUUAGCAACGAGUACACAUAUUUUAUGUUGCCGAUAAACGUAUGUGUACUUUUAGCUUUUUAUUUGAUAAAAAGCACUAAUAAAUAAUUAUUAUCAUCU